AUGACCUCAAACAUAUCAGAAUCACUGAACGCCGCAAAUUUGGCAGCAAGGGAGCUACCAAUUACAACGCUGCUAGAAUGCUUGAGAGCAUUGGUGCAACAAUGGACGCAUACUAAUAGGACAAAAGCACACAACACCUUUACUAAGCUAUCACCAACUGGAGAAGACAUACUGCUGAAAAAUUACACAUACUCAUUGAAUCUGGAGGUUAAAGCAACAACAGAUUACUUGUUUGAGGUAACAAGAAUGAAAGAAUUGUGGGAAGUAGAUCUAGAAAAAAGAACAUGCACGUGCAACAGGUUCCGAAUAGAUGAAAUGCCAUGCGGGCACGUUGUGGCCGUGAUGAGGGAGAUGAACAUGGACCCGUACACCUACUGUUCAGAUUACUACACAAAAAAAAAAUUGGCUGGCAACUUAUUCAGGGACAGUUUACCCAAUAGGACACCAAAGUGA